AUGGUUGAUCGUUUAGCUGGUCUAUCAAGAAUGUUAACAGCCACAUCUGAUCACGAACGUGAACAAUUCCUAGAACAAUUAAAUAAUGAAACUCAAAAUGCACAAGAUGAAAUUGAAAAAUUAGCACGUGAACGAAAAAAGACAUAUCAAGAAGCUGUUAAUGCAACAUUAACUCAAUUAGACCGUUAUAUAGGAAGUGUUGAUGGCGAUGAUGAAUCACUAAUACCAUCGAUUGAAUAUAAGAAUAUAAUAGGUUAA